AUGCUUUUCAAAUAUUACUCACGAUCAGCGAAUGGGCAUUUUCACAGCUUACUGGAAGCUAGGAGAUCUGCAAAGACAACGGCGGACACCACCAAGGAUUAUAUUGAUGGCGGAAAAAGUGUUGCCGAUCUACACAGAGAUUAUGUUGCUAAUUGUAAAGCAAGAAAUGUUUUAUAUGGCAACUACGUUUUAUAUCAUCGAAUUUUUACUUCUGAAUAUAACAUCAACUUCUUUCAGCCAAAAAAAGACCAGUGCGAGGAUUGCACUGCAUCCGAAGAAGAAAAUGCCAUACUUAAACAAAAAUAUGAAGAACACCAAGAAGAGAAAAAGCACGAUAAGAAUAAUACCGAUUAUACCUGCGUUGUUGCCAUGUAUGAUUUACAAGGGACCUUGCCUUGUCCCCGGGGAGAAGUAUCAAACUUCUAUUAUGUAUCUAACAAUAAAUUAAAUACUAUCAAUUUUACUGUAUAUGACAUAAAAAUCAAACGAUGUAGUGUUUCAUCCGGCAUGAAGGUCAAGGAAUGCGCGGUAUCAAUGAGAUUGGUUCCUGUUUAUUCAAAUACCUAG